CGUGUCGGUUUCACCACUGACUAGGAUUGGGAUCUACCCCUCUGAACCUCGCUUUUCCCAUCUGGAAAAUGAAACUUCGGAUCCCUCACUCCCAUCCCCCUCUGGCUCCAGGACUCUGGGAUGUUUAGAGAUUAGCUUUUGGUGGGGCGGCUACGGGACUAUGGCCAAGAAGGCCAGGGAGUCUGGGUUCCCGACUCGGUCCCAUUCCCUAGGGAGAUUCGGGCAGCAACUGGCCAGGCAAUGUCCUUGAGAACUACAUUUCCCGAAAUGCAAAGGGGAGAAGGCGGUUCCUGCUAGUCUCGGACGACGUGGGGCCUGAAACCCGAGCCGGCAUGGGAACUACAACUCCCGGCGUGCUCCGCGGUCCAAAAAACCGGAAAAGCGUGACCCGGAACCGGAUGUGGCUUGCGGCUCCGGUGACUGAGCGCCGGGGGAAAUGGCCACGGGGACAGACCAGGUGGUGGGACUCGGCCUCGUCGCCGUUAGCCUGAUCAUCUUCACCUACUACACCGCCUGGGUGAUUCUCUUGCCAUUCAUCGACAGCCAGCAUGUCAUCCACAAGUAUUUCCUGCCCCGCGCCUACGCUGUCGCCAUCCCGCUGGCCGCAGGCCUCCUGCUACUCCUGUUUGUGGGACUGUUCAUCACCUACGUGAUGCUGAAGAGUGACAGGGUGACCAAGAAGACUCAGUGAAGGUCCUGAGGGGAUGAGGCUGCCAGCCCCUUCUCUGCCUCCCCUUCAGGGCAGGGACCAAGCAGGGGAGCCUGCAGAACCUUCCCAGGCACAGUGGCGCCCCAAGCCUGGCGGUCCUGCAGAGUCCCCAUGGCAUGAAACUUAGCCCUGACUGACUGGAGCCCCCUCCCCUGCUUCCCUUCCAGAAGCUAGGAGGGAGGGAUACCUGGAAGACUCCUGUCACCCGCUUCUUGCCCGGGGCCUGAAAGAUGCUGGUCCUCCCGACCUCACUCUCAGACUCCCUGCCACCUUUUCCCCUGGGUUCUGCCAUCAUGCCUCAUUUCCCCUCCUGUCACAUGCUGACAUUGGACUUAGCAGGUUCUAAGGCUGCGUGUGUGACCUCUGACCUCUCCCCACGAGCCCUGUCCUCCACCAAGGGAACUUUCCUUAGCCUGACACAGCCCCACACCCCACAAGCCCUUCUGGACCUGGGAAGCCUGGGGAAGGACUGACAGUCACCAGGACCACCCGUAGGGCUCAGGGCACAUUAUGGCAGCCACCCCAGACCCACUGACCGACCACUCCUCAUGGAGGCCCAACCUCCCAACCCCAGGGCUGGCCUGUUUGGGAGAGCUGACCAAUAAACGCUGACUGAUUGUGU